AUGUUUCUUAAAUUCCCCCUACAGACUGACUAUCAGGAUCAGAUAGAAAACCGUAUCCAAUUUAAAACAAAUGCUAUACUACGUCAAUUCGGUCGACAUCGUAUGCUAACUGGAGUUGGACCAGAGAAUUUAUUCAACUUGAAUAUAACUGAACUACCGAUAGUCUGUGAAAAACCAUCUACUCAAUUAUUUUCACCAGAUGUAUAUAAAAAGGCUCAUUUAAACAAACCUUACAAUGAUUCAAUUUUCAAUAGUUUACAAUUUAAAAUGCUUCCAAAUCGACAUAGAGUUUCCGGUGAUUUCAUUUUAAUGAAAAAUAGAUUAUAA